AUGAAAAAGCGGAUUGCAAUUCUCGGCUCGACGGGGUCGGUAGGUUCGCAGACACUAGACGUUAUUCGCCAGUUUCCGGAGGAUUUCGAGGUCGUCGGUCUAUCCGCUGGCUACAACGUCGACGAACUCGCGAAACAAAUCGCGGAGUUCGAACCUCGUUACUUCAGUUGUCUCGACGAUUCGAUCACUGAGAUCGGCGACUCCCAGUGGAUAUCCAUGUUGGACUUGGCGACUCAUUCGGACGUCGAAUUCGUCAUGCAUGCCACGGCCGGUGUCGAAGGAUUGCCGUGCGCGAUCGCAGCGCUCAGCGCGGGCAAAAUCGUCGGUCUAUCCAACAAGGAAUCGAUCGUUAUGGCGGGUGCCCAUCUGAAGCGCGUCGCCGACGAAAACGGGGGCACCAUAUUGCCCAUCGACUCCGAACCGAACGCGCUUUGGCAGUGCGUGAUCGGCGAAAAAUCUAGUCCGAAACGCUACAUCAUCACCGCAUCCGGCGGAGCAUUCCGCGAUCGAACGCCCCAGGAACUGGCCAACGUGACGCCCGAAGAAGCGUUGAAGCACCCGACCUGGUCUAUGGGAAAGAAGAUAACCAUCGAUUCCGCAACCUUGAUGAAUAAAGCCUUCGAGGUCAUCGAAACGGCGUCGCUCUUUGACGCAACGUUGGACGAGAUCGACGUGGUGAUACAUCGGCAGAGCAUCGUCCACUCGUUAGUAGAGAUGGAGGACGGGUCGAUUAAGGCCCAACUCAGCCUGCCGGAUAUGCGCCACCCGAUUCAAUUCGCCCUUUUUUACCCCGAACGGCGACCCAACGACACACUGCCUAAAUUCGACCUGCUUGAUGCCUACGAAUUGACGUUUGAAGCGAUGGACCCGUCAAAAUACCCAUGUUUCGACCUAGCGAUGAAGUACGCGCGGAUCGGCGGCACUUACAACGCGGUACUGGCGGGAGCCGACGAGGCUGCGGUUGAUCUGUUCUUGGAUCGGAAGAUUAAGUUUACCGAGAUCGCUAAUGAAAUUCAGACGACGAUCGACCUGCACGAAGCAAAGACCGAAUUCACGGUGGAAGACGCCAUCGCUGCGGCGCAGUGGGCAUACGAAACCACGACCACGCGCCAUUCAACAGUUUGA